GUGCCAUCAUGGGUCGACUUGAUGGGAAAGUCAUCAUCCUGACAGCCGCUGCUCAGGGGAUAGGCCGGGCAGCCGCCUUAGCUUUUGCAAGAGAAGGUGCCAAAGUCAUAGCCACGGAUAUCAAUGAGUCCAAACUGCAGGAGCUGGAAAAGUACCCGGGUAUUCAAACUCGGGUCCUCGAUGUCACAAAGAAGAAACAAAUUGAUCAGUUUGCCAGUGAAGUCGAGAGACUUGACGUUCUCUUUAAUGUUGCCGGUUUUGUCCAUCAUGGAACCAUCCUGGACUGCGAAGAGAAAGACUGGGACUUCUCAAUGAAUCUCAACGUCCGCAGCAUGUACCUGAUGAUCAAGGCGUUUCUUCCCAAGAUGCUCGCUCAGAAGUCUGGCAACAUUAUCAACAUGUCUUCUGUGGCUUCCAGCAUCAAAGGAGUGGUGAACAGGUGUGUGUACAGCACAACCAAGGCGGCCGUGAUUGGCCUCACCAAGGCUGUAGCUGCAGACUUCAUCCAGCAGGGUAUCAGGUGCAACUGCGUGUGCCCAGGAACCGUGGAUACCCCAUCUCUGCAAGAAAGAAUACAAGCCAGGCCAAAUCCUGAAGAGGCACUGAGCGAUUUUCUGAAGAGACAGAAGACUGGAAGAUUUGCAACUGCAGAAGAAAUAGCCCUGCUGUGCGUGUAUCUGGCUUCUGAUGAAUCUGCCUACGUAACAGGGAAUCCUGUCGUCAUCGAUGGAGGCUGGAGCUUGUGAUUCAGGAUCUCCCUGCUGGGAAGGUGGGCCCUUCCUGUCCACGUGAACCUGGGGUUAUAAAGAAAACUCACCCAUCAGGCCUUUCUUGUUAAUGGCAUUGGAAUGAAAAUAAGCUCUUUCUAAUGAUGUCAUUGUUGACGAGUCUGAUUCUUUAAAUACUAUAUUAAUCGCUCUCUAAUCUCUUCUACAUUCAUUGUAGAUGACAUUAAAGAUAAUGAACUCAGUGCAAAUGAAUAGUUUUAAAAAUAACCCUCAAUUUGUAAGCAUAUAAAGUAAAAUGUAAAUACGAAGAAAA